AUGGCGGACGAGGCAAACACACCUGUCGCGAUGGACGCCACUAAGACGGUUGAGGAGGACACGCGUCCUACGGAAGCUGUGGCCGAGCCUGCCGUCGCUGACGCGGAGCCGGCUGAGGACGGAGCCCCAGCCACACCGGAUGCUGCAGAGGGUCAACAGUCUGACGCCGCCCAAGAAGAUACCCCAGCUGAGGAUGACGCCACUGCCGACGCGAAAGACGACACAGCGGCUGCCAGUAAUGACGCAGAUGCGACACCUGCCACAGAAUCUGUCGCGGCGAACGGCACACCUGCACCCAAGAAGUCGAACAACAGCAAGCGGAAGUCCGGAGCUGGUGUACCCGAGCACAAGAAGAAAACGCCUAGCAAAAAGAAGAAGGCGACGCCCGACCUCCGUCUCGAUGCUGAGCCGGGCGAUAUGUACAUGGUCGCCAUGCGCGGCUACCAGCCCUGGCCUGUUAUCGUCUGUGAUGACGACAUGCUGCCAGAAUCUCUGCUUGCUAAGCGUCCCGUCAGCGCGAAGAAUGCUGACGGUUCGUAUCGCGCGGAUUUCUUGGAGGGUGGUAAGAACGCAAAGGACCGCCGGUAUCCCGUCAUGUUUCUGGGUACUAACGAAUUUGCGUGGCAAGUUAACACGGAGCUCCUAACUUUCGACAUUGAAGAGGUGAAGAAGGAUGUCGAAUCGGGCAAUCAAGCAAAGAAGAACAAGGCACUGUGGCAAGCGUACCAAACCGCUGCGGAAGGACAUGAUCUGGAACAUUUCAAACAGAUGCUCUCCGCGCAUGAGGCGGCCAUGGCAGAGGACAUCGCGCAGCAAGAGACUAAGGAACAGGAGAAGAAGGAGAAGGCUGCGAAACGCAAGAGUCAGCCUGCCGGAGAGUCGGAUGAUGUCGACAUGGAAGAUGCUGGUGACGACGCUGCUCCCUCCGCUAAGAAGGGUAAGGCGAAGGCGACCAAGAAGCGCAAGAAGGAUGAGGAGAGUGACGGCGAGAACGAGAAGCCUGCAAAGACCCCCAAGGCCAAGCUCAAGAUCAACAACAACAAAACUCCAAAGGAGCCUUCCGCAGCGAAGCCUAAGAAAGAGACCAAGUCGAAGAAGAAGGCCAGCGAAGAAGCAGAGCCAGCUCAGCCAGAAGAGCCGCCCAUGACUGAGGAGGAGCGCAUCCAGAAGCGUGAGAAGCAAGUUCUUUACCUACGACAUCGCCUGCAGAAGGGGUUCCUUUCUCGAGACCAACAGCCUAAGGAUGAAGAUAUGGACAACAUGUCUGAUUAUUUGAAGCAGCUCGAGUUGCACGACGAUCUUGAGGCCGAGGUCAUCAAGAAAACCAAGGUGCAUAAGGUACUAAAAGCCAUCAUCAAGCUUGAAGGAAUCCCGAAAGAGGAGGAGUUUGAGUUCAAGAAGCGUUCUACCGAUCUGCUCAACAAAUGGGGCGGCGCGUUGGCAGCAGACACCGAUGCGGCCCCCGAGGCUGCGACCAACGGCGCUAAGGAGACAUCUGAGCCUGCAAAGGAGGAAACUCCAGCUGCGAAAGAGAGCGAAGAGAAGACAGAGGAAGACACGUCUGCAGAGCCUGCCGUUGUCAAGACUGCCGAGGACGGUGACGUUGCGAUGGCUGACGCAGACAAGGAAUCCGACAAGGACACGUCUGAGAUUAAGGUCGACACUACCGGUUUAAGCAAAGAUGAUGCUGAGGUAGUCGCUCAAACGGAGACAUCUACUGCCUAA